GGGUCCCUUAACUGCCGCACGCUGCCUAGGGAGCAAGCUGUGAACGCAGAGCUAGGAACACCAAGCAGCAGCACCCGGCCCGCCCGCAGAGCCGCACGGCGCGGGAGGGCUGCGGCGGGACUCCCGCCUUACUACCGCACGGCCGCAGCGGGACGCGGGACGGCGCCCAGAGAGCCGCUCGGCCCCAGGAGGGAGCUCCGCCGGCAGACCUGCGGCAGAACGCCCGCGGCCCCCGCAGCCUGAGCUGACCGCCCGGGCCCGGCCGGGAUCCGCCCGCCGCAGCCAGGGGCGGUGCGGGCCGAGAGGCGGUGGCGGCGGAGAGGAGGGCCGCGCGGAGCGGGCGGGGCUCGCCAUGGUGCUGGUGGUGCUCAUGGGCGUGAGCGGCUCGGGGAAGUAGAACCACGGUUGGGUCGCGUUUGGCAGCAAAGGUACGGCUGUAUUGCGUGCUCGUACCAGUGUUCGUCGCUACUUCUUAACUUCUCGCUCCGUCAUAGCAUUAAUGGUGAUUCAUACUGAGGUCUGGGAUGGAAAUUCUAUGAUGCCGAUGACUAUCAUUCUCCAGAGAAUAAAAAGAAGAUGGCAGCAGGAAUACCACUAAAUGAUGAGGACAGAAUUCCGUGGCUUUGUGCAUUGCAUGAUAUGCUAAGGAGAGAAGAAUCAUCUGGACAAGAUGCAGUUCUGGCCUGUUCGGCACUGAAGAAAAUCUAUAGACAUUUAUUAGUUAGUGGAGCAUCUGCAAUUGAAAACAACCAGUCAGAGAAAGCAGGAGAAACUGCAGCACUGAAGAUCCUCUUUGUUCAUCUGGAUGGUCCUACAGACCUCAUUGCUUGCCGCCUGGAGAAGAGGAGAGGACAUUUCAUGCCGGUGAAACUACUCCAGUCUCAGUUCGAUGCUCUGGAGCCUCCUACAGCACCAGAAAACUUCAUUACUGUCAGUCUAGAAAAAUCUCUUCCUGAGAUAGUGCUGGAGAUUGAGAAAGCCAUUUUUUCAGGGUGAGCCUUUUCCAAAGUAAGUUUAUAAAUUAUACAUGCAGAAAUUCCCUUAGCAAUAUCAGGUUUAUGAAGCGUCAUUCUAAUUAUUUUUAAGUUAAUCAAAGCAACUUUUUUUUCCAAUAUUUAAGUGAAUUACAAUGUUAAGAACUGGUUUGCUACUCUUGGUAUUUUUGUCAUGGCUCUGUAAAAGACAUACAAGAUGAAGUUUUAAAAAAUUGUCAAUAAAUGUAAAAUUUGUAUUCGUAUCUAAACACAGCCUGCUUUUGAAAAUCCCAUCGAGGGUCACACACAAUAAUUGAAUUUCUUUUUCAGUUUUUACUGUCAAACAUGGAGACAGGCACAUCUAACAAGUGAUGACGUAGUUAACAGCUUUGUUAAAAGAUAUAUGUUUAUUCUCCUACAAGUAUAAAGGACAGGAAUACACAUAAUGAAGUUCCACACCUGACACUGUCACUGUCUCACUGUUUUAGUUUCUGUGCCUCCCCAGAGCAGUGAGACUUCACAUCCUCUUUAAUAGUUUCACUGGACACCAAGCUGGAAGAUACAAAGGGAAAGAGGUGACGGUGGUAGUGGUGAAGUAAGGCACAAAAUACAACUGUAUGAAAAGUUGUGAAAAUAAAUAAAAUAUCAGGGGCAUCA